AUGGAGACACUCAAAAGCGCCACAAGAGCACCGUGUUCCCAAACGGCAAUACCUCAGCACUCUAAGUCCCAACACGAGUCGGAGGUUUCAAAAGCCCCAAGAAGCUGCAUUCCUGCAUUCACACACCAGCCCAGCAAUCUCUGCCCUCCUCACACUCACGGUCUCCCGAACAACAGCGUCUUCCUCGCAGUCUAUGCCCUAGGGGAUCGAUCAGGCUCACCCGGUCACAGACGGCGAAGGACCCAGUCUCUCAGCCUUUACACUCGUAAUUUCUCUCACACUCAAACCUCCUUCUCUGUCUCCGUCCCUCUCAGGGUAGCACACACUCCAGAGUCACCCUCACACCCACAGCUUCUCUCCUCACGCUCCGGGUUUUUCCGUCACACACACACGGGGUCUCCCUCACGCUCGCGGUCUCGCAGUUUUCUCUUUCACACACAACCCUCCUCACACUUAGGGUCUUGCACACUCACAAGACCACCCGGGGUCUCUCCCUCACACACACGGGCGGGCACGCGCGCGCGCGCCUCCUCCUCACACCACCGUCCACUCAGGGCUCCACGCUCCCGGCGUCCUCCUCUCAGGCGCGGCGUCCCUCCCGCGCGCCCUCCGCCCCACGCGCUUUCCGGCUCGCAUCCAGCACGCGGCGACGGCGGCCCAGCUGAGCGUUCGGCCGCACACGGGACGGUUCGCGCCGGACCGGAACCAGCCCCGGGCCGAAACGGAGCGAGCGAGCCCCUCACCUCCUCGUCCCCGCAGGAUAGCUCCCGUGUGCCGGCGCUGCCAGGAUACUCGGUCGCGCAGCCGCCCAAGCCCCGCCCACGCCACGUCACUCGCACCGGAUCCCGACAGCGCGCGCCGCUCGGGGACCCGGCUCGGAGCGGGGGCUUCAGGCGGCGUUGCUUCCGGGCACCAGGCGGUCCGCGUGCUGUACCAGAGCAGCCUCCGGCAGGCCGCGCCAGAGCCCCCCGCGGACCGUGACUGGGGCCCGGUCGCCCUCACCUGGGAUGGCCACUCCCGGACUCGGCACGCAGUCGCUUGAAGCCCGUGGGGAUGCGCUGCAGCGGGGAGCUCUAAAAGGAAUUUCCUGCUAUGAGAAGAAGCAUCCAAAGGAGGAACUUACCCCUUGGAGAAAAACUUAGAACUUGGUGAGAUGACCUUCAAAGAGAGACUGGGAGUUCACAAGGGACUACACCUAGUUUCUAGUUUCCGCACUUCUUGCUUAAGUUUAAACCCUAUCCUGGGGGCAAAAGAGAUGGCUCAGUAGUUAAGAUCACUGACUGAGGGAGGGAAUUCGAUUCCCAGCACUCAUGAGGUAGUUCCUAACCACCUGUAACUCCAGUUCUUGGAAAUCCAACAGGCACAUAUGUAUGCAGACAGGCAGGCAAAAACACACACACAUAAGGUAAAAUGACUCUAAGAAGAAAAAUUAGCAGGGCUUAGUGACGCCUGCCUUUAAACUGGGGCGGGGGGAGGGGGACGCAGAGGGAAGUGGACUUCUAAAUUAAAGGUUAGCCAAGGUUACACAGACCCUGUCUCAAAACAAAAAUAAACAAAAAAAAUUUGAAACCCACCAGGUGCCAGCAGUAGGGGAGCACGUCUUUAAUCCCAGCACUCAGGAGGCAGAGGCAGGCAGAGCUCUGUGAGUUCAAGACCAACCUGGUUUAUAGAGUUCCAGGACAGCCAAGACUACACAAAGAAAACCUGUCUCAAAAAUAAAAACAACUAAAUAAAUAAAUCCUAUCUUCAUAUCAGAACCCCCAAAGAUGGACUUGGGGGGGGUCAUUGGAUCUCUGUCACUUCCAAUGUGAAUUUAUUUACAUUGAAUAAAUCUGCUUUUCACUAUA